GCAGAGGCGGAGGCCAGGGUCCUGGCAGGCGAGUGAAGCGAAGGAUGCGCGCUGGGGAAAGCAGGCAGCGCCUCCGCGGCCGCCACCGCGCCGACUUUACCCUUUAAAUCGGUCUCCAAGCCGAUUACAGCUGAUCUCCCACGUGACGUUUUACCUUCUGUCUCCCGGAGCGCGUUGCCCGAGGACAGUCCUCCGGCUGCCUGCCGCGCGCCUCACUGCGCAGCCCGCCGCUGGGGGCUCGGCUCCCGCAACUUCGGGUGCAGCGGCGCGGGUGCGGGUGCCCUCGGAGGGCCGCUCGGCACCGGGCUUCCGGGGAUCGGGAGGCGUCGGGGACUAGAGAGGGCGCGGUCGGGGAGGAGAUGAUGCCCCAGCCCGGAUUGGCGCACUAGGUCUGGGCAGCGGGCCGGGUGCCCUGUGGCAGGCGAGCUGGGGCGCGUCCUCCCGGAGGGCACUCCGUGAUGGCCCCGCCGCGGGGCUGAGGCUGCGACCCCAACACCCCUCGCGCCCUCGCCAUGCAGAAAAGCGUGCGUUACAACGAGGGGCACGCCCUGUACCUGGCCUUCCUGGCGCGCAAGGAGGGCACCAAGCGCGGCUUCCUGAGCAAGAAGGCGGCCGAGGCGAGCCGCUGGCACGAGAAGUGGUUCGCUCUCUACCAGAAUGUGCUCUUUUACUUCGAGGGCGAGCAGAGCGGCCGCCCGGCGGGCAUGUACCUCCUGGAGGGCUGCAGCUGCGAGCGGACGCCCGCACCACCCAGGACCAGCGCCGGACCCGCAGGCGCCCGGGACGCGCUGGACAAGCAGUAUUAUUUCACUGUGCUUUUUGGGCAUGAAGGCCAGAAGCCUCUGGAGCUGCGCUGUGAGGAGGAGCAGGCUGGGAAAGAGUGGAUGGAAGCCAUUCACCAGGCCAGUUAUGCAGACAUUUUGAUUGAAAGGGAAGUGCUAAUGCAGAAGUACAUUCAUCUAGUUCAGAUCGUGGAGACAGAAAAAAUUGCUGCUAACCAACUUCGACAUCAGCUGGAAGAUCAAGACACCGAAAUUGAAAGGCUUAAAUCAGAGAUUGUUGCUCUUAAUAAAACCAAGGAACGGAUGCGCCCUUACCACAGCCAUCAAGAGGAUGAGGAUCCAGACAUCAAGAAGAUUAAAAAGGUUCAGAGCUUCAUGCGAGGAUGGCUGUGCAGGAGGAAGUGGAAGACCAUCGUGCAGGACUACAUUUGUUCUCCCCAUGCUGAGAGCAUGAGGAAGAGAAACCAGAUUGUGUUUACCAUGGUGGAAGCCGAGACAGAGUAUGUGCACCAGCUCUACAUCCUGGUGAAUGGUUUCCUCCGGCCCCUGCGGAUGGCGGCCAGCUCCAAGAAGCCCCCCAUUAGCCAUGAUGAUGUCAGCAGCAUUUUUCUCAACAGUGAAACAAUCAUGUUCCUUCAUGAAAUAUUCCAUCAAGGACUAAAGGCGAGGCUGGCCAAUUGGCCUACUUUGGUUUUAGCUGAUCUGUUUGAUAUUUUGCUGCCCAUGCUGAACAUUUAUCAAGAAUUUGUGCGUAAUCACCAGUACAGCCUCCAAGUACUUGCCAACUGUAAACAAAACAGAGAUUUUGACAAGCUCUUAAAACAGUAUGAAACCAACCCUGCCUGUGAGGGGAGGAUGCUGGAGACAUUCUUGACCUACCCAAUGUUUCAGAUCCCCAGGUAUAUCAUCACACUGCAUGAACUCCUGGCUCAUACCCCCCAUGAACACGUGGAGAGGAAAAGUCUGGAGUUUGCUAAGUCAAAGCUGGAGGAACUGUCCAGAGUGAUGCAUGACGAAGUGAGCGACACUGAAAACAUAAGGAAAAACCUCGCCAUCGAAAGGAUGAUUGUGGAGGGGUGUGACAUUCUGCUGGACACCAGCCAGACUUUCAUCCGCCAAGGUUCUCUCAUUCAAGUACCUUCCGUCGAGAGGGGGAAGCUUAGUAAAGUCCGCCUGGGCUCACUGUCUUUGAAAAAGGAAGGCGAGAGACAGUGCUUCUUAUUUACAAAACACUUUCUGAUUUGUACAAGGAGUUCGGGAGGAAAGCUGCAUCUGCUCAAGACAGGUGGAGUCCUGUCCCUCAUACAAUGCACGUUGAUCGAGGAGCCUGACGCAAGUGAUGAUGACUCCAAAGGUUCUGGCCACAUGUUUGGACAUCUGGAUUUUAAAAUUGUAGUGGAGCCUCCCGAUGCUUCCCCUUUCACUGUGGUCUUGUUAGCACCUUCGCGCCAAGAGAAAGCUGCAUGGAUGAGCGACAUCAGUCAGUGUGUGGACAAUAUACGAUGUAAUGGUUUAAUGACUAUAGUCUUUGAAGAGAAUUCCAAAGUUACUGUGCCACAUAUGAUUAAGUCUGAUGCCCGUCUUCAUAAAGACGACACUGACAUCUGUUUCAGUAAAACGCUCAAUUCCUGCAAAGUGCCGCAGAUCCGCUACGCCAGCGUGGAGCGCCUCCUGGAGCGGUUGACGGACUUGCGGUUUCUGAGCAUCGACUUCCUCAACACCUUCCUGCACACCUACCGCAUUUUCACCACGGCCUCUGUGGUGCUGGCCAAGCUCUCAGACAUCUACAAGAGGCCCUUCACCUCCAUCCCUGUCAGGUCAUUAGAGUUAUUUUUUGCCACGAGCCCAAACAACAGAAGCGAACAUAUGGUGGAUGGGAAAUCCCCACAUCUGUGUCGAAAGUUCUCCUCCCCACCUCCCCUGGCUGUGUCCAGAACAUCCUCUCCAGUGAGGGCCAGGAAGCUGUCCUUGACGUCUUCCUUGAACGCAAGGAUCGGAGCCUUGGACCUGACCACAUCUUCGUGUUCUAGCAGUCCCACCACCCACAGUCCUACAGCAUCCCCACCACCUCACACCGCAGCUGUCCUGGAGUCUGCACCAGCCGACCGAGCAGGGGACUCCACAGAACUGUCACCUUGCAGAUCACCCUCAACUCCCCGGCACCUCCGAUAUCGCCCGCCUGGAGGACAGGCAGCGGACGGCAGCCACUGCUCUGUGUCACCCGCUUCUGCUUUCGCCAUCGCCACGGCUGCAGCAGGACAUGGGAGUCCACCAGGGUUUAACAACACUGAGAGAACAUGCGACAAGGAGUUCAUCAUACGGAGAACAGCCACCAAUCGAGUCCUGAAUGUCCUCCGUCACUGGGUCUCCAAGCAUGCCCAGGAUUUUGAACUCAACAAUGAACUCAAAAUGAACGUUCUAAACUUGCUAGAAGAAGUUCUACGAGACCCGGACCUUCUUCCUCAAGAAAGGAAAGCCACGGCCAACAUCCUGAGGGCUCUUUCACAAGAUGAUCAAGAUGACAUCCACCUGAAACUGGAGGAUAUAAUUCAAAUGACAGACUGCCCAAAGGCCGAGUGCUUUGAGACGUUGUCAGCCAUGGAGCUGGCUGAGCAGAUCACUCUCCUGGACCACGUUGUCUUCAGAAGCAUCCCCUACGAAGAGUUUCUUGGGCAGGGCUGGAUGAAGCUGGAUAAAAACGAAAGGACACCUUACAUCAUGAAAACCAGCCAGCACUUCAAUGAGAUGAGUAACCUGGUGGCCUCUCAGAUAAUGAAUUACGCUGAUAUCAGCUCCCGUGCCAACGCCAUUGAGAAGUGGGUUGCAGUAGCGGACAUUUGCCGAUGUCUACACAACUACAAUGGUGUGCUGGAGAUCACCGCAGCCUUAAACAGAAGUGCCAUCUACAGGCUGAAGAAAACCUGGGCCAAGGUGUCCAAGCAGACAAAAGCUCUGAUGGACAAACUUCAGAAGACUGUUUCAUCUGAAGGACGAUUUAAAAACCUCAGAGAAACUCUUAAAAACUGUAAUCCCCCUGCUGUCCCUUACCUCGGGAUGUACUUGACAGACCUGGCCUUCAUUGAAGAAGGAACCCCGAACUUUACAGAAGAAGGCCUUGUCAAUUUCUCCAAAAUGCGAAUGAUAUCACACAUUAUUCGAGAGAUACGCCAGUUCCAGCAGACUGCUUACCGCAUAGACCAGCAGCCAAAGGUCAUACAAUACCUGCUUGACAAAGCCCUCAUCAUAGAUGAAGAUACACUCUAUGAGCUGUCACUCAAAAUUGAACCUCGACUCCCUGCUUGAAGAUCUGGCCUUGUCCCUGAGAACAUGGGAAUUUCGUGUAAAGUGUUUCACACAUGGCACGGCGGGGACCCAGAGGGACAACGCCUGCCUCUGUUCACCACUAAAGAUGGAACCAGACUGCAAUUCUGUCUCCAGCCAGAGUGAAACCCAGCCGCAUGGGUCAAGGACAGAUGCUCCAGCCCUGGGUGGGAAGGUGUAAAACUCGAAGCUUAGGGAAGCUGAUGGUCCAAUUUGCAUAAGGGAUAUAAUGUAGGAGAUGCUGGUAACUAUUAUAAUGAAGUGGAAGGAAGGUAAACGUCCCCUGUCCCGUGUUCUGCUAGAACUGGGGGACAAGGUCCCAUGGAGAAGACCUAUAACAUGUUUUGGCAUUCUACUAGCCCGGGCAUACCUCCACCAGUCUUCUACGACUUAAUUGCUUCUAUUACAUUUCCUUUAUGCCAAGCGUCCCAGCCAGGCUGACGCUUCCUUUCUAGGCCCGACACAUAAGCAGUUUCAGUAUGCAGCAUGUGCAUGGUUCUCUGUGCAUUCUCCAUGCAUGGGAGGAGUGGCGUGCUCUGAAAAUAGCCUUGCAGCCUUUAGGAAAUGGAACAGGAAUUAAAAGAUUUUAAAAAAAUGUGGAUUUGUUGGUAGCGUUUCCUUAAUUCCAAGUAAGCAGCAUCCCACAGGCUUGAGUGGGGACUUCACUGAGAGAUUGGUCCAAAGAAGUGGCCCCUUUAGAGAGACAGCUAGGAGGUUGCAGUGAAGUACAUGUCCACGUCAGUUAACCAACAAAACUGUGGAAUGUGAAAAUAAGGCCACCAAGUGCUAUAGAGAGUAAUCAUUUUCACUAAGCAGAAAUGGAGGCCUAAAAAUCAUCUCUGUACCUGAUUGCAUUUGUUUUCUCUUCCCCUAUAUUACUCUAGAAACCUUUUCUGAUGUAUACAAACUUGUUUGGGGUUCAUUAUGAACAUCAGCUGUACUUUAAAAACAAAUGUUAUGUGGGGUUCUUCUUUUGAAAGCCCACACUUCCGUGUGUUAUUGGUAGACAGUCUUCUCCUCUCCCAGCCAUCUUUGUUUAAAAGGGUUUUGAAGAUCCAUUCAGAGUAAGACUAUUCCAAGUGCAUGGGAAAUGGCUGAUCACUCCACAGCUCUUAGAGCAGAAAACCAAAUGCAGGGGUUUGCCUGCACCCCAAGCCUGGGGACGUGACCUUGUGCUCCACACAAUGGUCAGUUGUUCAAGGAAUAGGGCUCUCCUUGAUUACCUCCCUCUCCUAUUCUCAGGGAGACCACUGCUUUAAAGGGAGGGCGAGAUGACAGUGAUGGAUUAUUCUAUCUUGGGCCUGGCAUACCUGGCAUUUUCUCUUAGAGGCAUGAUGCUUAUUGACGCUGACCACCAAGAUUGAUCUGCCUGGCCAUUGCCCCUCUUCCUUUGCAUUUUAAUUAUGUGAUAGAGCUAACAGCUGGCUAAUGCAUUCCACUCACCAGUUCCAAGGGCCCAAUGGAAGAGCUAGCAUUGGUAAUGUGCCAUAGAACUAGAGAAGGUACAUUUUCUGCACAGUAAGAGUCAUCCCUGUACAUAACUGCAUAGAGAAAUAUAAGCUAAGUAAAAAGAAAAUAUUUAUAUUAUAUGAAUCCCAUUCCAAAAAUCUUCUCACUGGUCCAUUUUAGCCAACAGUAUAGCACUAAGUCCCCCAAGGGCCACUUAGGGAUGCUUUUUCCUUUUUAUUUAUUUAUUUUCUGAGUUACUUGUUUGUUCUCUUCAGUUUCAAAUAAGAGGUUGAUGCAUAAUGACGCAUGACGAAAGCAUGAGCUGUCGGAUCCUAACUGUGCACACCUUGUGACUCACUUCUUGGCGUUCAGAAGCUGAACGUUUGUAAUAUUUGUCACUAACACCAAACACCACAAGAUCUUACAGAGGAAAAGUAAAGGUUAGCAUUCCUGAGAGGGCCACAGCAUACAUCAAUCACUACUGGGGAAGGAGUACCCACUCUGCCUUCAGCCCCACCCCCUUCCCCACACCACCCCAUCCUCGCCCUUCAGAGGAUGGCUCUGUGUGCUCUUUCUUUGGGAGUUUGGGCUCUUGCUUCUCCAGUGUUAUAUUGCAGAGGCCACUGCAGUCAUUCUUAUUAAAAUAAGAAGAAUUUAUAAUGCCCCUCUCCUGUUGAAAUGCAGCUUUUCCUCAGCUAAUGAUGAUGCUUUUGAGCCUGUUUCCAGUAGACAGUUGGAAGCGCCCCCAGUGGUCAUUUGUGAGAACUGCCAUUGCUUCGCUCAGAUUGUCUGGCUUGUUAGAGCUAAAGAGACUCGGAUCAUUAAUGGGUCAGCCAAGGCAGGGAUGCACAUUUAAAAACAGAACACCUCAGCUUGGUCCUGUUUAAAAUUUACCAGAGCAAUCUGUGAUUCCUCUUCUGAUUGUUGAAGCCCCGGUUCUUUGAAGCUUUAUGUGUAUUUGUGGGGUACAACACAUGUACUCUGUCUGUGUCUGCCAAUACCCUACUUUAUGAGAUGUUCCUAAGAGCACAUGGGAGGCCACCUUCAAAAGGUCAAGUAGUGAACAUGUGUACUGCAAAGUUAACAGGACAUCAACCCGAUUUCAUACUUUCAAAUGAGCACAACAUUUUGUCCUGCAGGUGGAAUUACCUUGGGCGCUUGGGGGGAUGCCUAACUAAAACAUCCACUCUUUCUACAGAAACAAAUCUCUUACCGAAGCCAGUAUGUGUGACAGGUUCAGCGUGGGGUAUAAUGCUGUUGCUUUUCUCCUGCAGUACCCCUGAGGAGUUUAAAGAGGGUCCUACAAGUAAACAAAUGGAACUUAUGAAAGAGAAAAGCCACUGUAAACCAUUGGUGUGGCCAUGGGCUUGCCCUCUUCUCUCCGGUUAAGAGAGACAAGGCUGUAGGCCACCAGUGACUGCAUCUGGCCUGGAGAGGAAUGCAGUAAAGGGGUCACUCCUAAAAUGCUCACCUUCCACAUUUUAAAAAAGGAGUUUGCUUAGCUUUUCUUUUCAAUGGUUAAUGUUAGUCCCCCAUGAAAAGAUCUCUUGUUUUAAGUGUUUCUUUUAAAUCCUGACUUGCGAAAUUUAUCAUUUUUACUACUGUUGAGAUGGCAUAAAAGAUAAUACCUUACUUUUAGCCAAGCUGAUGUCCACAGCUGGAGGAAAUUAAUGAAUGGAACUCCUUUUCAUUUCUGUGAGAAAUAAGAUUGUAAGUCUAGUGACCUGUUUAAAGACAUCACUACGUGAUUCCUGGAAUAAGGCUGUGGUCGGUGGACUGUAACCAGUAUCCUUGCUGAGGCCACUGUUAGUUUACACCAGGUCAGAGCAGUAGACAGGGACCCUUUGUUAUGGGGCAGACACACGAGUGACCUAGCAGUUUCCAUAUCAGCUGCCUCGGGGCAUGACGUUAAGAUUAGGAUUGACCGUUCCUGAUCGGAUCUGCUCAAAUAAUCCCCGUCCUUCACAGUGUCGAACCACAACCCAUUUCAGUCUUCACCAGAAAGCUGGUUCUGAAAGCGCACUGGACCAGACUCAGCCCAGCUCUGCAUCGUCCAGACGAAGAAACUUAGGCCAGUGUUUACACCUCUAUGUCUCAGUUUCCUCAUCUAUAAAAUGGGAUUAAUCAUAAUUCCUGUGCUGUCUACCUCACUGGGCUGUCCUGAGGACCAAAGGGGUCAGAAUGUAAACUUUAAAGUGCUGUACAAUUGUGAGGUAACUGAUUACCAUUCUCAGCUCUUUUACUGAGGAAUUAAAUGUACUUAUUAUUUGUAUGUAUGUGUGUGUUUGUGUGUACAAACACAUGUGUUAGUCAGAGAAACACAUUGUGUCUGGUUACUUUGUAUACCUGCUGUCAUUUGUAACUCUAAUGAGGGAUUUGUGCUGUGGCCUAGCACUUGCCAAGUGAGGCGUAGAUUAUGCCGACAUGCAAAUUAAACUUCGCCUUUCUUCCAUA